AUGAGUCAUCUAGACGUACACCAAUUGAUCGCGUGUCUCGAAGGUUUGUCCACUAAACCGGAUGAAUUCGAUCAAUUGAUAUCCCAUGGUAUCCUCCCUUCGGAAAUUACGGAAGGAUGGAAAACUGAAUGGCCAGAAGCGUACGACGCCUGGAUGGUAAUUAGAACGAAAAAUCCAUUUCACAAUCCUCUACAUUAUGCGUUAGCGCAUGGUCGACCACCUGGAUCUCAUAGCGAGUUGAUGGAAUGUGCCAUGCAGGUUGAUUCGUUGGAAACUGCUCAGAAAGCAUUGACGAGAUUGGCUGAACUUGAAGAGCGAAAAUCGUAUCAACGGUCCGAAAUGAUAGAUUCGAAAACCAGUUCACCAUCCUCCCAUGAAGAGGACAUGGUAAGGUGCGAUCCCACUUCGAUUGUUGAACUUGGUUUAGGUCGAUGGAAGGUGCUUAGUGAAGAUCAGACUAUGCAUUGUGACGUCGAUGAAAUGGGCGAUACUCGUGUAUCCGUAUCUGAAAGGGGAGGGAAACGUCUCUUGUCGGUGAUCAACCAAGAGAAGGAGGUUCAAUAUCGAGAGUAUCACGAAGAUGGUGAUGGUGAUGGUGAUGAGUUCAAUGGAACUAGAUACACGUGGAACAAUAUACCCGGAGUAAUCAAUGUCAAUCUAGAACAAUCAGGAGAGGUAACGUUCUACUACUCGAUCAAUGAGGGGUUGGAGACGAUGACAGUAAGGGCAGAAGAGUAUCGUCGUCCAGAACUCGGACCAACCGAGAGAGGACCGAGCUGGUCGCUCUAUGACGUUGACGAAGAAGCGUCAGAAGGUAGAGCGAGACUCUAUCAAGUCACGAUAGACGCGGAAGAAGGUGAGGCUCCAUUCUCUUAUCACGCCCAAAAUGGGAGAAAAGCGUUACGUGCCGUCGGAGAUAAAACUUCGAGUGCUAUCGUUGUGAAGAACUUUGAGGGGGAAAUCAUGUGGAGCCAUCCCCGGUACGAAACGAUUAUUGAAUCCGAGAACAAGUUCGGUAGUGGCUGGUGGCCCGGAGAUGCAGACAUUAGGGAAUCGUUGGAUGCGAUGUUGGAAAUGUCGGACGAAGUUGACAAAGGGAGCCCUGAGGUAUCUGAUCAAGAAGUACAUGUUGAUAUACCUUUCCCUUUUGUUCCAGAAGAGGAUGACCGUCUACCGCCCGAAGAAGUGAUACCAUUGGAUUAUAACCAUUCUCUAUUAGUUCCCCCAAGCAUUCCCUUGAGCUCCCAUAGUAGUAGAGAAUCCAGUACGGAGAGGCCAUGUGGAUAG